CACGAAACAGAGCAAAACCCUAAUUCUCGUUUCUCUUUAUCUUCUCCAACUCCCCACUCUCGCCGCCUCUGAAAACUCACAGAGCGACCGUCCGGUACUAAUCGACGGUAAAACCUCCGUUCUACAUUAUCUACUUUUCCUUAUGGACCAUAAACUAGCCACUGCUGAGAAGAAGGUGCUAGUGGAGCUGGUGAAGUUAGUGCAGAAACAAGGUUUAGAAGGCGAAAACGGAGGGUGGAAAGACUUUCUAAACUCUUACGACAAGAAGUUCGGUGCCAGUCUCAGUGAUCCUUCUCGACGCUCCAAUGAUGUUUUGGUCGCUUUUCUUUCUUCUUUAAAGAAAAAGGAAGAUGCUCAGCUAGUGGCUAGGGUUCUUCAGGGCUAUUGUAACCGUAAUGUCAUUGACAGAACCAAGCAAGAAUCUCCUGAUAAAGAGACUCCUGAGCAGAGGCUAGUUAGAAUGACUAUUACUCAUCCUAAGUACCCUAUCUUCUAUGCUUUCCCUUCCCAUGCUGAGGAUUGGUUUGUAACUAAAACUGGCAAAAAGCUGUCUAAAGUGAUGAAGUCUACCAGAAUGCUUGCUAUUGAUUGUGAGAUGGUUACUUGUGCGGAUGGGAGUGAAGCUGUUGUUAGGGUUGGCGCCGUUGACCGUGAUUUAAAGGUGGUUCUUGACAAAUUUGUGAAACCGAGCUUACCGGUUAUUGACUAUAAGACAGAUAUUACUGGAGUUACUGCUGAGGAUCUUGAGAAGGCUACAUUAUCUGUUGCUGAUAUUCAGAAGAAACUGCAGAGGUUUCUUUCUAAAGGAACUAUUUUAGUAGGUCAUGGUUUGCACAAUGAUCUUCAAGUGUUGAAGGUAGAUCAUGCUAGAGUUAUCGAUACUUCGCUUGUAUUCAAGUAUCCUGGUGUACACAAUUCUCGAACACCUUCUUUGUUAAAAUUAUGCAAGUCUGUUUUGGAUGAAGAAUUGAGAAUGGAGGGUGCUGCUCACAAUUGCGUUCAUGACGCUGCCGCUGCUAUGAAGCUUGUGCUUGCUGUUGUGGAGAAAGGAGUAGAGACCUCGAUUCCACAAACUGAAGAAAUGUUGGAGGUUGAGAAGACAAUGCAGGAGGCCAGGAAGGCGAGUCUCUAUCUUCAUAAGAUCCCUGACAAUGUUCCCUCUCAAGAGUUGAAAGGAGUUAUUACGGGAGACUUCAAUGUUGACGUUAAGCCACCAAAGAAGGUAGGAGGUUAUUAUAGCGCAGAAGCUGUUUUUAGUAGUCAAGAGGAAGCAAAUCAAGCAUUUGAUAACGUUGAUGGAGAUGUUGUUAAGGAUACAAUGGGUUUAUCACAGAAAAUGGUUGAGUUUAAGCUGAGUUCUGGAUUAGUAUCUAGACUGUACGUUCGUAAAAAUGUUCAAGACGGUGAAGUCUCUGAUGCCAAGAAGAGAAGUAACACAGAGGAGAUCAAAGUGAGUAAAAAUGUUCAAGAUGGUGAAGUCUCUGAUGCUAAGAAGAGAAGUAACACAGAGGAGAUCAAAGUGGGUUCUAAAAGACAGAAGAGGGAGAAUGAUUCUGAGAUGACUAGAGAAGAGAAUGCAAACCAUUGCAGCAGCCAAGAAGAUCUGAAGGAGAAGCUGAAAGCUAAGGAAAGUGAGGUUGAGUCUCAUUUAAAGGAAAUUGAAGAACUGAAGGAGAAGCUCAAAGCUAAGGAACAUGAGGUUGAGGCUCAGGAUAAGAUGAUAACUAACCUCAAAAAGAAACUGAAGAAAAAGUGA